CCACACUAUAAAUACAUGCACCAUAGUUCACAACCCUACCGACGACAAAGCAGUGCCUGGUUUAGGUGUAUUCACUAUGGCCAGCCUCUCUAAACUAGCUUUCCCAACCAAUAACACCUCCACUCUCCCCGCUCCCUCCUUUGCAUGCUCCUUCUCUCACCAAAAGCUUCACCACCACCUUCCUCUCCCUUGUAGGAGUCCCAAACCACCGCGUCAUAAGAUCUCUUGCAAAUCUAAGGAGCAACAAGAGAAUGCCGACAAGCCUGCGGGCCGCAUAGACCGCCGCGACCUACUCCUGGGCCUCGGCGGGCUUUACGGUGCCACCACUGGGCUCGGCCUCAACCGUCGAGCGGCCGCUGCCCCUAUCCUGGCUCCCGACCUCUCAACUUGUGGGCCACCUGCCGACCUCCCUGCCUCCGCCCGACCGACAGUUUGCUGCCCGCCAUACCAAUCCACCAUCAUCGACUUCAAGCUCCCCCCGCGAUCUGCUCCGCUUCGCGUCCGGCCUGCGGCCCACUUGGUUGACGCCGACUACCUGGCCAAGUAUAAGAAGGCAGUCGAGCUCAUGAGGGCCCUGCCGGCCGACGACCCGCGCAACUUCGUACAGCAAGCGAAAGUGCACUGUGCGUACUGCGACGGCGCGUAUGACCAAAUCGGCUUCCCCGAUCUCGAGAUCCAGAUCCACAACUCGUGGCUCUUCUUUCCUUGGCACCGGUUCUACCUCUACUUCAACGAGCGCAUACUCGGGAAACUUAUCGGCGACGACACGUUCGCGCUGCCUUUCUGGAACUGGGACGCGCCGGGGGGCAUGCAGUUCCCGUCUAUCUACACGGACCCUUCAUCCUCGCUAUAUGACAAGCUGCGUGAUGCGAAGCACCAGCCGCCGACUUUGAUUGACCUCGACUACAAUGGCACCGAUCCUACCUUCUCCCCUGAAGAACAGAUUAACCACAACCUCGCCGUCAUGUACCGACAGGUGAUAUCCAGUGGAAAGACACCAGAGCUGUUUAUGGGCUCAGCGUACCGCGCCGGUGACCAGCCUGACCCCGGCGCAGGCUCUGUAGAGCAGAAGCCGCACGGCCCGGUGCAUGUGUGGACAGGUGAUCGCAACCAGCCCAAUCGCGAAGACAUGGGCACGCUCUACUCGGCGGCGUGGGACCCCGUCUUCUUCGCACACCACGGCAACAUCGACCGCAUGUGGUACGUGUGGAGGAACCUUGGCGGCAAGCACCGCAACUUCACCGACCCCGACUGGCUCAACGCGUCCUUCCUGUUCUAUGAUGAGAAUGCGCAGCUCGUCCGUGUUAAAGUAAAAGACUGCUUAGAGGCCGACGCAAUGCGGUACACAUACCAGGAUGUAGAGAUCCCGUGGCUCAAAGCAAAGCCGACGCCAAAGAGCGCCCUACAGAAGAUAAAGAGCAAGGUAUCGACGCUGAAGGCAACACCAAGGGGGACGACGACUACCACAGCAGAGACUACAUUUCCGGUGGUGCUGGAUAAGCCGGUGAGUGCAACAGUGGCUAGACCGAAGGCCAGGAGGAGUGGGAAGGAGAAGGAAGAAGAGGAGGAGGUGUUGGUGGUGGAGGGAAUCGAGUUGGAGAAGGACGUGUUCGUGAAGUUUGAUGUGUAUAUAAACUCGCCGGAGCACGAAGGGGUGGGGCCGGAGGCGAGUGAGUUCGCAGGGAGCUUCGUCCACGUGCCACACAAGCACAAGAAGGCGAAGAAGGGGAAGGAGAUGGCUAGGAUGAACACAAGGCUUAAGCUCGGGAUAACGGACCUGCUCGAGGACAUCGGCGCUGAGGACGACGAGAGCGUGCUCAUCACGCUCGUGCCCAGGAGCGGCAAGGGAAUGGUGAAGGUUGGAGGGCUAAGGAUUGAUUUCUCCAAGUGAUGAGCAUAUUGUGAAGAGAAAAUUUGCAUUUACCGCCCUAUAGAAUCGAAAAAUUGCGUAUAUGUCCCAUUAUUGUUUUUUUUAUUCUUCAAGCGUAUUCAGAAUAAGAGUUGCGUGCAUGCACGCAUGCAGCCAUGUUGUUGUAGUCGAUAUGUGGGGUAUGUUUGGAUCAGGGAUAAUGAUGUGAACUUUGAAUUAAUUAUUACACUCUGAGAAUAAAUUAGAGAGUUUAUUAUGCAAGUUGCUUGGUGUAAUAGAUAUUCAACAUU